AGGCAGCGUCCGCCCGCCUCGCCGGCUCUGCUCCCGGCGAGCCCGCCCGCUCCAGAGGGCACGUCCUUGGCGGCGGCCCGGCAGCGGGGCCGGCCCCGGCCACCGCCCGUCCCGGGUCGGCUGCGCCCGCCGCCGGGCCGGAGGGGCGGACAAUGAACCCCGCGGCCGCGGCCCCGCCGCCGGGGCAGCAGGUAAUCCACGUCACGCAGGACCUGGACACGGAGCUGGAGGCUCUUUUCAACGCGGUGAUGAACCCCAGGCCCAGCUCCUGGCGGAAGAAGAUCCUGCCCGAGUCCUUCUUCAGGGAGCCCGACUCGGGCUCGCACUCGCGGCAGUCGAGCACCGACUCGGGCGGGCCGCCGCCGCGCCUGGCGCCCGUGCACGUCCGCUCGCACUCCUCGCCCGCCUCGCUGCCCGGCGCGGGCGCGGCGCCGCAGCACGGGCACCUCCGGCAGCGCUCCUGCGAUGUCACGGACGAGCGGCCGCUGCCGCCGGGCUGGGAGAUGGCGCUCACGCAGACCGGGCAGCGCUACUUCCUCAACCAUAUAGAAAAAAUUACAACAUGGCAAGAUCCUCGAAAACCUAUGAACCAGCCGCUGAAUCACCUUAGCCACCAUCCUGCAGCCACGUCCACACCGGCACCGCAGAGGACCAUGGCAAUGUCUCAGCCAAAUCUCAUGAUGCAUGCCCAGCCGCAGCUGCCCCCCAGCACAGCCCUGCUGCAGCAGAGCCGCCCCCCACAGCCCCCAGCGCUGCUGACCCUGCCCGGCGCUCUGACCACGCAGCAGCAGCAGCAGCAGCAGCAGCAGCAGCAGAAGCUGAGGCUCCAGAGAAUCCAGAUGGAGAGGGAGCGGAUUCGGAUGCGUCAGGAGGAGUUACUGCGACAGGAAGCUGCUCUUUGCAGACAACUUCCUAUGGACUCAGAAAACAUGGUCCCAGUUCAGACAGCAGUGAACACCCCUACUAUGACACAGGACAUGAGGCCUAUUACAAAUAAUGGAUCCGAUCCUUUCUUGAACAGUGGGCCAUACCACUCCAGGGAGCAGAGUACAGACAGUGGCUUGGGAUUAGGAUGCUACAGUAUACCAACGACACCUGAAGAUUUCCUCAGCAAUGUAGAUGAGAUGGAUACAGGAGAAACUAUAGCACAGACAACAAUGAACAUAAAUCCACAACAAACACGUUUCCCUGAUUUCCUCGACUGUCUUCCAGGGACAAACGUUGAUCUUGGGACUCUAGAGUCAGAAGAUUUGAUCCCUAUUCUCAACGAUGUGGAGUCAGUGCUUAACAAAAAUGAGCCCUUCCUUACCUGGCUGUAAUCAAGCAAUGCUUGUUGGGCCUACAGUGCAAUUCCGAUUUCUUUUUCCUCUUGAGGUAGGCAUAGAAUAUCUGAAUAUCCUCAAGAGAUACAACAUACUGCCUUAUUGACUUUUGUUACAUCAUCUUUAUGGUCAGUUUAAUAUCUAUCUGAAUUUGUUGAUACUAAUUUAAGUAUGAAAUACAUUUAUAUACAUAUAUAUAUAAAAUACAUACAUGGAUAUAUAUUUCUUUUAAAAAACCCAUACCAUUUUACACAUCUGUGUACUUUUUUAUGUUUUCAAACCAGGCAGAAACGCUUCACUUUUAGGACAGAAAGUGGCUGAUGUUUGUGCAUAUCCCUGACUGAUCUCCUGGGUACUGAUUGGUGAAUCAGAAAAGCUAACUCCUAGGUCACUUGGUUGAAAAAAAGUGCAAAGCAUCAGGGCAUGAGAGCAGUUUUAUUAUUAUGUUUAUGACAAUAGUAUCAUAAGCUUUUUUUAAAUCAACUUACUUAAGCCUUAAAAAGCUUUUUUAGUUCUUAGUGACUAACUGUUCUGUAUAGAAUACAGUUCAAAUAUGAUCCAUAUCAAGCAUAAUAAUUCCCAUUGUAUAUUUGUGAAGGCACAAACAAUACUAUAGCAGUUUCUUUUUUUCAGUAAAUUACUGUAUAGUUUUCAGAAAAUAAUUCCUUCUAGUCUCAAAGUACCAGAAUUGUUUAGCAACAUUUUUACACUACAAUAUUGUUACAAAGUAAACCAGGCUGGUACUGACUGUUGCCUUUUAGAAACAAAGAAAUGUAUUAUAAACAAGCAUUUUUUAAAAAUUCUUACAUUUUUUUUAGUUUAUUAUAUUAAGCACUACAGUUUUGUAACUUAACACAUGAACAAGUAAUUUUUUUUAUAUAUAAAAUCUGUGGCAAGUAUCUUAAGUGCAAAAAUAUUCUUUUAAAAUCAGUUCUGGAAAAUGUGGCACAACUUGUUAAUGUCAUACACAGGAGGAGAAAACCUUCCUCAUACUGUUUUCAGUGAUAUUUUUAACUGACAUUGUAAAACUACAUGUAGUUCUAUACAUGAAAAAGAACCAGGAACCUUGUCAGGGCACUGCUAAAGCAGCAUUGGGACUCACCUGGUAAAGCUGCUUAGUUUUUAUGUCUUUCACUUUCCAUAACUGGUGCACAGGACACGAGACAUGUGCUGUGUGUUUUUACCUGUUAUAGAUCCUACAAAACUUCCUUAUCAGAGGUUUGGGACUGAGAAGACAUCAAGAACAUUAAGCCUGCAGUUCCUCUGAAAUGCAAAUGAAGUCCUGAAUAUUCUUAAAUGUUUUGAAAUUAUCUUAUUUAUAAUUAAUGGAUUUAAGCAUUUUGUAUUGAAGAAUAGGUAAUUUUAUGAAAGGCAUUAUAACUUUUCUCUAAGCUUAAUCCAGGCUAUGUAAAGAGAAGAAGAGAUGUAGCACUAAGUGUAAAUGUGUGUUUGCCAGGUCUGAUAACACUUAGCAAGACCUUACUGAUGCAUCGGAAUAUUGACCCUUAAAGACUUUUUUCCAUCUGGUUGGGUGAAGGUAGGUGAAAAGGUCAGCGAUGAAGUGGUGGGAAUACAGAGUAGAUUUGGAAGACGAAUGAUGAGGUAAUAAAUGUAGAUCCUUACUGGGAAGGAUGGCUGCAGACAGGGAUACGUAGCAAAUGAAUCUCCGGUGUUCAGUGAAAAAUGUAAGAGAAGCACUAAGUAAAAUAAAUUACCGUGUCUGUGAUGAACUUCUAAGUGUACAUGAUGUCACAGGAUGGAAAAUAAAAAGCACACACACUGAAAUUUUGAAAAAAGAGAUAUUAUGCAAAGACCUACAGUUAUGAUGCUAGAUGACAUAGUAAAAAGUAGCUUUUUAAAAAUGUUUUUGUUUUUUUUUUUUUAAUAGAAAAAGAGAUUUAACAGCAGAGUUGUGUCUGCACAGAAUUUAAUUACUGAAUGGGCAUUGUGUUUCUUUUAUUCUUUUGAGGGAUUAUUAGUUGGGUAUUUUUUUUUUAUUCUUGCUAGUUUUGCUAACUGUUCAGAUAACAUAAACUUCUUUUCAAUAAACAGGGGACCGGGCAGGGCUGACCAAUAUUACUGUAAUUAGUUUUAAUCUCUUUCUUUUAAGAAUUUUUUCAGGUUGUCAGCCUAAAUGAAAAACAGAUGGUCCUAAGGCUUUGUUCUUUAGUACCAUGACUGAUGUUGGUAAAGAAUUGGAGAUUUUCUGGCCAACUUUCAAGGUCACGUCACCAGCACUGCUCAUUUGGCAUAAGGAGCCAACAGCCAUUGGCGCUGGAAUGACCCACAGCAGGUGUGGACCUGGGUGCUGGUGUGAUCCAGGUGGUAGUGCCUAUCCACAGGUUAUGUUUAGAGAAUGCAGUUUGUUCAUUUGCUAGCAACUCUGCACCAUUGAACGUGUAAGUUUGUCAUAACAGAAGAUAUUCUGAGCAGGUUGGCUCGCAGCUCUGUGAGAUAGCUGGUGCUGAUUCCUGCCCAGCCACGUGCAUUGUUGUCAGCCAAAGGCUCUUCUUUGUAUGGGGAAAACUAAUGCAACUUUCUAGUGAAAUCACAUCAGGUAUUUAUCAGAAUUGUGAAGCUGCAAGCUGGAUUCCUUUUUUAUUUGUGUUUCUGGUGGUUGAGUGUCUUGGUGCAAAGACCUUAAAAGGAUAAAGCAAUCAUAAACUUUCUGUGUUACUUCCAUAGUAAACCAGCAGCAAAUCUGAAACAGGAAGGUACUGUGUGGAGCAGUACUCCAGGCUGAAACAGCUGCCAGAAUCUUAGGUUAGAUCUUUACUGAGUCAUGAAACAAAUAUUGGUUAAAUUGAAAGUGAUUUUUUUUACACUGUCAGCUUUUAAUUUUUGUUACGGAGAUAAUAUAUCCGAUGAAGUGCAAUGACAAUAAAAUCUAUUUUUCAAAGUUACCUUUAAAGAAAGUUUCUGGCUUUAAACAGGCUUAUGGCAGAACUUUUCAGUAUUCAAAGCAUAUGUAACAUGAAAAUAAAUUUAUUGUUGACAAUAUUUCACUGUACUAUUUCAGGUUUUGAGCAUUUACUGCACUAAAUUGUACACUGUCUAUUUGUAGUAUAAAUACAACCAAUGUGCCAGCUGGACAAUUUUGCUGUGAACAUCCCUGAGGGGGCAUAUAUAAGUCUUGGUGAUACAGAAGUAAUGGGACAUGGUUAAUUACAGUUUGUAUUCUGGUAAUACUGUUAGAAUGUAAUUUGGGGAGGGAUUGGGUUUGACUUUUUGUCAACAAAUGCUGUUUGGGGGAAGGGAAGGAUUUAAAUCUCUAUUUUAAUUACAGAAAGAUGUGGGUGGUUGUCCAAAUAAACUUGUUUCCUAAUACAUACAUCCAUGUACAUGCUAGUUCUUUAACUAUUUUAUUUACUUUUUUUCAUUUUUAUAUGACUUGUGUGAGCAUUUAUUUUUAAUUUUUAGUACCUUGCAAUAGAUUGUACUAGAGGCAAUCAGAUCAAACUAUUGUAUCCUGGAUUUGAUUCUAUUUUGUUUGUUUUUUUUUAAUUAUUUCUUUGAUAUUUUACAUGAAAAAAUACAAAUGAACUUGAAAGAU